ACGCUCGUCGGAGUUAGAAAUAACCGAUCUCAACCCAAAAUUCCCCCAAAAUUCCCCUGCUCAUCGCCACCGAAUCUCCACCGCAGUCAAACCCUAGCCACCGCCGCCGUCACUGCCCCCCGCACCACUUCCACCUCGUCGUAGAAAUUACAUAGAGGCAAAACAAACGCAGAUUCGCAAAAGAAACAUGAGGCCACCGAAGAAGACGAUCCACGUGAUAUCGUCAUGGAUACGGCGGCAACCGCCAAAGGUGAAAGCUUUUUUGGCUGUAGUCGCUGGCAUGGUGGCCUUGGUGUUGCUACGUGCGAUUGUGCACGAUCAUGACAAUCUGUUUAUUGCUGCCGAAGCUGUUCACUCCAUUGGAAUCGCCGUCCUUAUAUAUAAGCUCUCUAAAGAAAAAACUUGUGCUGGCAUAUCACUCAAAUCGCAAGAACUGACGGCUUUGUUUUUGGCUGUUAGACUGUACUGUAGUGUUGUCAUGGAAUAUGAUAUACACACCCUGCUUGAUUUAUCUACAUUAGCUGCAACAUUGUGGGUUAUCUUUAUGAUUCGUUUCAGACUGAAGUCAAGCUACAUGGAGGACAAAGACAACUUUGCAAUAUACUAUGUGGCUGUUCCUUGUGCGGUAUUAGCUUUGUUAGUUCAUCCAUCAACAUCACAUCACAUUAUGAACAGGAUAUUUUGGGCAUUCUGCGUUUAUCUUGAAGCAGUUUCUGUUCUACCUCAACUUAGGGUCAUGCAGAACACAAAGAUUGUUGAACCAUUCACAGCUCAUUAUGUAUUCGCUCUCGGUGUUGCCAGGUUCUUGAGUUGUGCUCAUUGGGUUCUUCAGGUUUUGGAUAGUCGUGGCCAUCUACUUACUGCCCUAGGUUACGGUUUAUGGCCGUCCAUGGUUCUAAUCUCAGAAAUCGUUCAGACUUUCAUAUUAGCAGACUUCUGUUACUACUAUGUGAAAAGUGUUUUUGGAGGACAACUUGUUCUACGUCUACCUUCUGGAGUCGUCUAAGCCAAAAAUCGUAUCGUGGAUCUCUUAACUCUUCGGGAUGUGAUCUUCGAUUUCAUUUCCAUUUAUACAUGUCCAAGUUUUAGUUGAUUAACCUUUACCGCAUGUGAUUGGGUGGAUGGUUGUAAAUUUGGCAACAUGGUUGUGGUUUAAAUUAUAAACCCGUUUCUUUAAGUUAAUUUCAAGAUUUUCUUUGAUUGCGUUUUAUGGACAAA